AUGUCGACUAAUGUAAUGUUGAUUCCUCUCCCAGCUGAUGACAGCACCCCUAUGGAGCAGCCAGUCCCCUCAGAGGGGGAGUCAGAGGCCCUUCCGGCUGCAGAGGACUCGUCUGAAACUGUUGCUGCCAGCACAGAUGUGUACGUCCCUUCUCAGAUACCUUAAUGAAGGCAUUUUUGAGAUGUGCUAGAAAAAAUAGAGAUUUCUUAGUCAACAUUUCAAAUGACAUUUACUGGCAAUACCUAUAUGUUAACAAGUCACACCCGUAUGACAUUCGCCACAAAAUAUUGAUUUUUCAAGCAAACUCCCACUGUGCUGCCAAGAGUUGCUGAAUAUCCUCAGCUCAUGAGGGCUGUAGUGCACUGCCCAGCAUUACAUGGGAGACAUGCAGUCAGAUGUGUAGUCCCAAAUAAUCUUAGCUGGGUUUAUAUUUUUUGUGUUUGGUCAUGUUGGAGGAGUAUAAUAUGGAAUAGAAUUGAAGUUUGAAGUGAGUGCUUAAGUCAUUUUACACACAUUAUACCUUUUUGGGAUCCAUUUACCUGCGUGCUGUCUGUCUAAAACUGAGCCUCUGUCUAUCUGCACAGGGAGAGCAGCGUGAGGGCCUGUGCUCUAUGUAACUGUGUGGAGCGCAGCCUCCACGGACAACGGGAACUCCGACAUUUUGGGCCAUUUUCCUCCCGGCCCGCCCUGGAGCCUUCCGCUUCCUCACUGCCAGGGCCCGGGAACGAUGACCUGUCUUCCAUCGGAUUCUCAGACUCCGACGCAUCCUGUCUGGCAGCACUCUUCGAUGACACAGGUGGGAUUUCAAACAUCUCAUCACAUUUUGAUUUCGUUUUUUUAUUUGAGCUGCCUUCUUGGUCAGGUCUCCUUUGAGAAAGAGGUAUUUUGACCUCAAUGGGACUACCUGGUAAAAUAAAGGUUACAUUAAAAUACAUUAUGCCCAUCGUGGAUAUUAUACACAUUGUGCACUCUGCACAGUAAACGUAUCCCAAAACCAUAUUAGAAAGUGUUUAAUCGAAAUUCUCUAGGCAUUUGUUUUAGAUCAAAUCCCUGUAGCUCAGUUGGUAGAGCAUGGCGCUUGCAACGCCAGGGUUGUGGGUUCGUUUCCCACGGGGGGCCAGUAUGAAAAUGUAUGCACUCACUAACUGUAAGUCGCUCUGGAUAAGAGCGUCUGCUAAAUGACUAAAAUGUAAAUGUAAAUUUCAUCUCUCAGUUUUGUUUUGUUUUAAAGCAAACUGAUUCAUCCAGAAGAUAUAUAAUCCCUGAUCAGAAGCGAGGGACCAUUCAGAUGAGAAGUGUCUAAUUGUGUGUUGUGGUGAACAGGGGGCUGCUGCGUGCAUCACUGGUGUGCGGUGUGGUCAGAGGGAGUGAAGCAGGCGGAGGAGGAGCUGGAGAAUGUGGACAAGGCCGUCAUCUCAGGGACACAGCAGGUAGGUUAAACACAUGACACCUCGGAUUUAAAUCUUUGCAAACUCUGAAGUCACAAUUUGACGAUUGUUCUUGGAAUAAACAUGUAGGCACCCUUGAGUGGUACAGUUCUGACAUUUGUAGAAAAAGAAAAACAUACACCAUCUGGAAAUAAUAGUUAAGAAUUUUUAUUAAUUUCAAUUGUGGAGUUCUGAAAUUCUUCCUAUUGGCACUGUCUCUCACCUGUAACCUUGUCUUUGAACCUUCCUUUUAGCUGUGUGAAUAUUGCAAGCGUCUGGGUGCUACCAUCCGGUGCCAUGCUGAGGGCUGCUCACGGUUCUACCACUUCCCCUGCUCUGCUGCCAGCGGCUCCUUCCAGUCCAUGAAGCAGCUGGCUCUCCUCUGUCCAGAGCACAUGGACAAGGCUGAGGAGAUGGGUAAGGACACCUCCCAAUCAAGUUGAGGUCAAAACCCCAACUCGAUCAUUAGGUUAUGCUUUGUAACUGAGGUGUGUGUCCUCUGUGGUUUGUGUGAUGACUUGGUCGUUUGGUUUGCUAACUAUGGUUUGUCUGUCCUCCAGCGGGUGAGGAGGCGCGGUGUGCGGUCUGUGAUUCUGCGGGGGAGCUGCUGAACCUGCUGUUCUGUACAGGCUGUGGGCAGCACUACCACGCCGCCUGUCUGGAGAUCAGCGCCACGCCCAUACAGAGAUCAGGAUGGCAGUGCCCAGAGUGUAAAGUGUGCCAGACAUGCAGGUGAAUGUCUCUUUGCUGCCCAAUCUCACAUUUUACUUUUCUUUGCAAUAUUUUUGUUUAAAAUGGGGGAAACGCUCUCUUUUUUUACUUAAUAAAAAAAAAAAAAAAAUUGUUCACUGAAUUGACGUGUCCUUUGGGAGACUGAAGCGCUGUUCCUGAACACUAUCUACCAUGCCCAUCUACCACGUGCUUCCAAUCAGUAGGGGCAGGGGUUUCCCUGAUCAUGUGACAUUAUCAGGAAAAAAAACUCUGGGCAGUUGUCAGUCUAUUAGGUCUUAGAAGCAAGGCAUGUAGCUGUCAUUUAAUAGGUUGACUCUAGAGGGUAAAAUCAUAGUUUUCUAUAAUUUUCCAGGCAACCGGGGGAGGACUCGAUGAUGUUAGUGUGUGAUGCAUGUGAUAAGGGCUACCACACCUUCUGUCUCCAGCCAGCCAUGGACUCUCUUCCCUCCGACACAUGGAAGUGCAGAGUAAGAACAUGUCUCACCUCCACUGACGAUAGCUACUCCUGCCAUAGUCUCCUCUGUUAGGAAAGGAGGAUAAUGAUGCACUAUAAUUGAGGUCCAUGGCCAUAUGUUGACCAUGUCUUACUGUUAAUGUUAUUAGUUUUUUUGUUGUUGUUGAGGUUUUCAAAGGAAAUGUUUAUGACAAUUACUUCUGUAAAUUAAAGUAAGGGUAUGCGGAAAUUGAACCUUUUCUAAUACGUGAUACAUUCUGAAAAUGUAGCAGUUUCCUGUGAAUAACCUCUUUAAUUUCCCCCAUGUAUCCCUCAACUCAGAGGUGUCGGGUGUGUACGGACUGUGGUGCUCACGGUCCGACGCUGCCUGGCUCAACCCAGUGGUUUGACAACUAUGCCGUGUGUGAGGGCUGCCAACGUACCCGCAGCUCUAUGUGUGGCGUCUGCAGCAAAUCCUCGGAGCCACCUGUCAUGCUGCCGCGCUGCAGCAGCUGCCUCAGGUAUGUCUACUGCCUCAGAAUGAAUACAUUGGCAAGUUAAUAAAUCAGUCAGUCAAUCAAAAACAAUAUAAAACAUUUUUUAUCAAGUUGUCACACUGUAUUUUACAGUGACCUGGCCUAGACACCUGCCUUAAGAGCAACAGUAGACAUUGAUAACUACCACUAUUUAUGUAGCAUUUGACCUGCUCUCAUUCAUCUAUUCUUGACCAAUCCUCUGUCAUCUCCCUAGGUGGGUUCACAGUGAAUGCUCCUCUAUGUCAGAGCCACCUGAGGAAAAGUGUAUCUGUUUGCUCUGCCGAGACAGAGAGCCUCCGGCAGACCCUGUCACACAGACAGACUUGGUGGAAAUGCAGACUACAGAGACAGACGGGUCUGAUGUGACGAUAGAAGGACAGACGAACGUGUCCAAGAUGACCGUGGGACAGACGGAGACCAAGACGGACGAGGAGGUGCCCAUGGAGCUGGGUACGUUGACUGGACUGUUUUUUUUAUUUUAUUUUUUGUGCUUGAUAAAAUGGUCUACAGACCUUGAUAGAAGUGUAGAGUUGACUGUUUGCUCCAUCUCUGAAAGAGCAAAAUGAUUGUCUACCCACGUUUAUCUUAUCUAAGCCAUCCUCACUCUAAUGUAAUUUAUGUGAUGCACUAAAGAAGAGUAUAGAAUCUGAGUGUAUGGUGUUAGUUGUGUGAUGAAGCUGACUUUGUCUUUUCAACAGGGACGGAGGCCGACGUGGUAGAAACAACAGGGGUAGUGGAGAGCACCAUGGGAGAGGGGCCUCAGCUGGAAGUCCCUGCAGAACAGCCCAUGGUCCAGGCUGAGGUUACAGAAAAAUGUGAAACAACAGAACAACAGGAGGCUUCUAGUUUACCUGUGGUUGUUGUGGAAGAGAGGCCAGAGAAGGCUCCUAGCCCGCCACCUCAACCCCGGGUCAGCCCUGUCCCUGUCCUUGAGUCUCCGGAGUCACCAGAACAGCAACCGCCACAGUGGCCAGAGCCGGCAGCAGUAGUAGACCUGGGCCCUGUGCACAGAAUGGAGGAGAAUGUGGAGAAACAGGAAGAGGAGGUCAAACCCUCAACACAGCAGCAGACCAAACUGGAGGAGAAGAGAAGCGGUGAGGGCGUGUCUACCACCUCUCCAGAGUCACCAGCCCCUCCCAUCUCCACGCAAGAGGUGGAGCCUGUUUCCAUGGACACAGAUGAGGCGGGGCUAAAGGAGGAAGCUGCAAAGAACCUAAAGCAGGAGCGCUCAGUGUCUCCUCCUGCUCCACAUGCCGACACACAGGAGGCUGCUCCUUGUACUGUGGACAUGGAGGACAGGGGGACUCACUCCGAGGUGGAGGAUGAGUUUGGAGAACAGGAGGAGCAGGGGAAGGAGGCAGACGGAGAGGGUCAUCAUAGUCAUCACAGAAGGGUCAAGAUCAAGCAGGAGCCCCAGGAGCAGAGGAAGCCUGAUCAGCUCCUCCUGGAUGAGAUGUCCAAUCAGAGCCAUCCGAGUCACGGGGACGAGAGCAGCUCUGGCUUCCUGGGCUCCCCGGCUGAAGGGGAGGCAGAGCCCGAUGCACAGCUCUCGAUGGAGCUCAGCCUCAUACCCACCGAACGCUCGCGUUCCGACUCUCUGCUCACUGAGACAGACGAUUCGCUGCCCUUUGACCCCCUCAAACCAGACUGGGAGAAGAAGAGGAGAGGCUCACCGGGACGCUCCAGGGUCAAACAGGUAAGGUCCAGUAACAAGUCAUAGACCAUUAACACUCAUUCCAAAGUCUAACUCUGCCGUAGAGCAGAGGCCCAUUUCGCAAUGAUAAUGAGCUUCCAAAACUGACUCUGCAAACGUUUCUGUGUUAUGUGUUGGCCGAUGGCUAGAUUCAGUGGUUUACAGUAUGUGAGGUACUGGCAUGGUUGGUGUUGGUCUUUUCAGGGGCGGGGCAGCAGCAGUUUCCCGGGGAAGCGGCGGCCUCGUGGUGGUGGCGGCGGUGGACGGGGCCGUGGCGGUAGGAACCGCCUCAAAGCCAUGGCCUCCUGCAUCGACGCGUUCCUGGUGAGUUGAACUGACCGACGAUACAGAAACAUUCAGACAUUCAAACACUUUCAUCCAUCCAUUCAUUUACCCACUCACUCACUCAUUGGAAUAUGUCAUCAAAUUUUGACAUUGAUCUUUACAAUAGAUACAAACCACAGCAGCAAUUUAUCACAGAGAUCUUAAAUGUUUGGAACUUCGUCUCUGUCUAAAGUUAAUUCAACACAAACCACUUGAUUAGAACUUGACUGUAGCAGAGUGUGAUACAUUCUAUGUAUAAUACCUUUCCAGUGGUGGAAAAAGUACACAAUUGUCAUACUUGAGUAAAAGUAAAGAUGCCUUUUAAUACAAAAUGACUCAAGUAAAAGUGAAAGUUACCCAGUAAAAUACUACUUGAGUAAAAGUCUUAAGUAUUUGGUUUUAAAUAUACUUAUGUAUCAAAAGUAAAAGUAUAAAUCAUUUCACAAUCCUUAUAUUAAGCAAAUCAGACUGCACGAUUUUCUAUAUUUUUUACGGAUAGCCAGGGGCACACUCCGACAUGGAGACAUAAUUUACAAACAAAGCAUUUGUGUUUAGUGAGUCUGCCAGAUCAGAGGCAGUAGGGAUGACCAGGGAUGUUCUCUUGAUAAGUGCGUGAAUUCUUGUCCUGCUAAGCAUUCGAAAUGUAACGAGUACUUUUGGGUGUCAGGGAAAUUGUAUGGAGUAAAAACUACAUUAUUUUCUAAAGGAAUGUAGUGAAGUAAAAGUUGUCAAAAAUAUAAAUAGUAAAGUACAGAUACCCCAAAAAACUAAUUAAGUACUUUACACCACUGUUCCUUUCCCCAGCUGAGCAUGACGGCAGCAGACACUGGACUGAGUAAAGAGGAGGAGGAGGGGGAGGAAGAUGAGGCUAUGCAGAACACAGUGGUGCUCUUCUCUAACACUGAUAAAUUUGUCCUGCUUCAGGUAAUGGAUUCAUGCUUUUCAGUUUGACAUUUUCCAGUUACCCUGUGGCAUUUACCAUGUCAGAUAGUCUUAGACAUUUAAGGAUCUUUGCUGUAGCACAAGCUGACAGGUUUUUCUUCUCUCGCUCUCAGGACAUGUGUGUGGUGUGUGGCAGUUUUGGGAAGGGUGUGGAGGGGCAGCUUCUGGCGUGUGCUCAGUGUGCCCAAUGUUACCAUCCAUACUGUGUAAACAGCAAAGUAAGCAUCAACCUCUUUAUUCUUUACCUCUUAUUUAAGCAGAUGCCUUAGCUACUGAUAGUCUUCCUAAUAAUAAAACAUUGAAUUAUUAUAGUGCCUUUUGCGUACCCAAAGAUGCUUUAAAAUAGGCCACUAUAAAGAAAUCAAAAACAAGGGUUCAAGAGUUACAACACACCUACCUCUGGCUUCAUGUUGAUGACAUUUUCAGGAAUUAAACAUGUAAAUCUCUUUUAGAUUUUCCACGGUAUGCCUCUUCUCCUUCCUCCUGCAGAUGACCAAGAUGAUGCUGCGUAAGGGCUGGCGUUGUCUGGAAUGUAUCGUGUGUGAGGUGUGUGGCAAGGCCUCGGACCCGGCCCGCCUGCUACUCUGUGACGAUUGUGACGUUAGCUACCACACAUACUGCCUGGACCCACCCCUACACACUGUACCCAAGGGCGGGUGGAAGUGCAAAUGGUAAAACUCUUUAAUUCAUUUAACUUUUAUUUAUGCAGGUUAUUCUCAUUGAAAAAUGAAAUCUAUUUUUACGAGAGAGACCUGUUUGAGACAGCAGCCAACUCUCACCAUCCAUGACACUCCCUGUUCAGUCAUUUUGGGUCUGAAAAGGUUCAGAUGUAAAGGAACUCAAAUGGGGAAUCUGCAUGAUAUGCAUAAAAGUCCUGCUGCUAAACUUGAAAGUUCAGUCCUCUGCCUCACUCUGUCCAUAACAUCCUCUCCCAUCUCUGGAUUUCACAAAAAUGUUGACUUGGUCUGAUAGCUAACGUACUUUAACCUGAUGGCUCAUUGGCCUUUUUGCUGUUGUCAAUCAAAUGUACUUAUACGCCCCUUUUAAACAAAAAAAAUGUCCUUUUAUGAUUGUUUGAUUCAUGAAUUGGUUGACUGUGCCGUGUUUAGGUGUGUGUCCUGUAUGCAGUGUGGUGCCAGCAGCCCGGGGUUCCACUGCGAGUGGCAGAACAACUAUACCCACUGUGGCCCCUGUGCCAGCCUGGUCACCUGCCCUGUCUGCAGGGAGAACUUCAUGGAGGAGGAGCUGCUGCUGCAGUGUCAUUACUGUGACCGGUGGGUACCACUCAUUACCACAACACACAUACACACACAUACACACACACACACACACACACACACACACACACACACACACACACACACACACACACACACAUACAGUAGAUAUCUGGAAGGUUAGAGGACCCAAGACGGAUCCUUGAGAGACCCCCGUUCUACUGUAGAUCUGGUGUUAUUGAUUACUACACGUGGUUCUCUGUUCUUGAGAAGUUUCAAACCAUGUGAGUUUUUAAAAUCAGAAUAAGAGAUCUGUCCUGCAUUGUCUCUCUCCAUGUAGAUGGGUACACGCUGUGUGUGAGAGUCUGUACACUGAGGACGAGGUGGAGCAAGCCUCUGAUGAGGGCUUUGCUUGCACCUCUUGCACUCCCUACGUCCCCAGACCCAUAGGUAAGUCUAACUUAUAACGUAUGAAUAGAAAAAGUGAACAUUCAGUGACUUGUGUAUUUCUCACUGCUUCUCUGUCUACAGUAACAGUGGAUGCAACGUACAUGACAGCCAUGAAGAUAAAAGAACCAGGUAAGUUUUUGCCUCUCCUCAGUUUGUAAUUCAGCAAAUCUUACUUGCAAUGACAACUUGGCAUAGCACAUUCACUGUUUGUAUAGUUGCAUAUCACUCAAUCUCCAAACGCUUCCUCCCCAUCUAGAGCCCCAGUUCUACCGGUUGGAGGGGGUAUGGCUGACCGAGACGGGCAUGUCCCUGCUGCGCAGCAUUUCCAUGUCUCCCCUACACAAGAGACGGCAGCGGCGCUCCCGCCUGGGCAUGCUGUGUGGCGACGGAGGACCCGACAGCAUGGAGCUAAAGGAGGGAGAGGGAGACCGGGAUGAGGGAAAAGGUGGGUGUUCAGAUUUCUUUCUCCUGUUUCCACUAUUUAACUGUCCAAGUGACAGGGUUGUAAAGGAGAAGGAUGAAGUCGGUUGCCCUUUGAUACUAAUCUACGGUCAGAUUAGUAUUUUUCCCCCUAAUGGACAAGAGUAGGAUUUGGUUUGGUAAGCUAGCUGAUCCCAGAACUGACCAACUUCUACCCACUGUGUCUACUUGCUUUAACAGGUCUGCUUGGAUACACUACAUCAGGCAUGUAUUUGACUACCCACCCUGACUUACCCUUCCUCUGAAUUGACCUUUAAUAUCUCAAUCUGUUCAAGGCUGUGGGGAUCCCAUGGAGUGUGAGCCAGGAGCUCCUGGUGUAAAACAGGAGCCUUCAGGGAGCCCAGACAGGGAGCUGGGAGCAGAGGGAGGUGCUGAGGGCAUGGAGGAAGGCCUCCUCAAAGGUGUGGAGGAGACGGACGAGGGCAAGAAGAGGAAGAGGAAACCCUACAGACCAGGUCAGAGGUCAAGUCUUACUAGACAUCUUGGGUAAAAUAGUAUUUGUUUUCUUUGAAAUACUUUAGCCUUGCUUGAUUUGAGUUUGCCUGGUGCAAUGGAACUAAUGAAACGUCCUGAAAGUGCAGGUCUGGCACUCCACCUAUUAGAAAGAAAAGGGAUACUAUUAGAGCUCAGGUCUGUCCAACAGACCCCUGUAGUGAGAGGAUAUCAUUUGUCACUGCUCUAUGACGGUCACAUUCAAGUGCUAUUCAACGUUUUUAAAUUGACUUAAAAAUGUCCUGCAGGGAUCGGUGGCUUCAUGGUGCGUCAGAGAAAGUGUCACACUCGGAUGAAGAAGGGUCUGUUCCCCCAUCUGUCUCAUCUGGCUGGAGACGGAACUGUUACUACAGACAGACAGACAAGAGAGAAGCCAGCCCUAGAGGAAGGCAAGUUACAGUUAUAGAAGCCAUCUGCUGCCAUCAUAGUGGUCAAACACUGAAAUAUUCUGACUAUCUGUUAGAGAGGUCAAAUUCUUUGAUAUUUCGUCAAGGAAUAUGAUACACCUUUGUUUUCAUUCAUGUGCUUUAAUGUGUCAUCCUCCGGGACUCAAAUGUUUAUUGUGUGGAUGUAUGAUUUAUUUGUUACCAAUGUUCCCUCUGAGCUGUGCGCAGUAGCACCGUGACUGCCACGCAGAAAUAUCAGCCCACAGAGAGAAGCACGAGAUUGAACUUCACUCAACUUUCUAGAGCGGUGGUCACCAACCAGUCGAUCGUGAUGGCAUUCCUAGUUGAUCGGCAAAUAUUUCUGUAAAAAAACCAACGAGAAAGCCUUGUGUUCCUAUUUUUUUUAGUUUUUUGUCUCGGGCUGUUGGCGGUAGGUGCACCCGAUUCAGCUGCCCUGCGCGCCAGAUAGGCCAACUGUUGCCAUUUUCAACCAUUCGAUGUGUCUGAAGGUACAAACUCUGCCUUCCCGGCGGGCCCAGAGAGCAAAUCAAGUGCACUAUAGGCCUACCGCUGGCCAAUCAGAUGGCUCACAUGACCGUGUCUGCAGUUACGUAGCAGACAUAAAAGAAAGCAACAGCAAAGUUGAUACUGUGAGAUUUCAAAACGUUUAAAACCAUGACUAGAAAGACUGUCAACGAAUACAGAAAAGAGAUGCUGUUUUUAUGAGUGAGUUCAUGUUUAAGCUCUUACUAAGCACUGUCAACACUUUCUAUUCAACACUUUUAUAAGCCAUAAAAUGCAUGUUCUUCCUAUUUCCACUCACCGCUACAACAAGCACUGCAGCAGUAAUGAAUGAGUAGGAAAGUGUAUCUAUAGGCUUGAGUUGAUGUUGUUCUUAUUAGCGGCUUAGUUCUUUUUUAAUAUCAAGGAAUAAUUCACUUUCUCUGUUCAUCGGAGUAACAACAUGAAUUUUUGCAUGAGGCAGAAAUGAUGCGGUGCGACUCGAGUUUCGCCAUCAGCUGGAAGAGUGUGUCCCUUUUGUGUCAGUGUCAGUGGAGGAAAGGGAGCGCGGAGGGAUGUUGAGAGGCAGUGGAGGAAAGGGAGCGCGGAGGGAUGUUGAGAGGCAGUGGAGGAAAGGGAGCGCGGAGGGAUGUUGAGAGGCAGUGGAGGAAAGGGAGCGCGGAGGGAUGUUGAGAGGCAGUGGAGGAAAGGGAGCGCGGAGGGAUGUUGAGAGGCAGUGGAGGAAGGGGAGCGCGGAGGGAUGUUGAGAGGCAGUGGAGGAAAGGGAGCGCGGAGGGAUGUUGAGAGGCAGUGGGGAAAGGGACGCGGAGGGAUUUUGAGAGGCAGUGGAGGAAAGGGAGCGCGGAGGGAUGUUGAGGCAGUGGAGUGAAAGGGAGCGCGGAGGGAUGUUGAGAGGCAGUGGAGGAAAGGGAGCGCGGAGGGAUGUUGAGGCAGUGGAGGAAAGGGAGCGCGGAGGGAUGUUGAGAGGCAGUGGAGGAAAGGGAGCGCGGAGGGAUGUUGAGGCAGUGGAGGAAAGGGAGCGCGGAGGGAUGUUGAGGCAGUGGAGGAAAGGGAGCGCGGAGGGAUGUUGAGGCAGUGGAGGAAAGGGAGCGCGGAGGGAUGUUGAGAGGCAGUGGAGGAAAGGGAGCGCAGAGGGAUGUUGAGAGGCAGUGGAGGAAAGGGAGCGUGGAGGGAUGUUGAGAGGCAGUGGGGAAAGGGAGCGUGGAGGGAUGUUGAGAGGCAGUGGAGGAAAGGGAGCGUGGAGGGAUGUUGAGAGGCAGUGGAGGAAAGGGAGCGCGGAGGGAUGUUGAGGCAGUGGAGGAAAGGGAGCGCGGAGGGAUGUUGAGAGGCAGUGGAGGAAAGGGAGCGCGGAGGGAUGUUGAGGCAGUGGAGGAAAGGGAGCGCGGAGGGAUGUUGAGAGGCAGUGGAGGAAAGGGAGCGCGGAGGGAUGUUGAGAGGUGGACCCUCAGUCUGCUCUCUCCCUCCGCUGGGACUGACCAUCAGAUGCAGGCAUGAUCAGCCCAGUAAAAUAAAAAGCGAAUUAUUUAAACGUGUGCUCACUCUAGGAUAUAUAUACAGUCAUGGCCAAAAUUGUUGGCACCCCUGAAAUUUUUCCAGAAAAUGAAGUAUUUCUCACAGAAAAGUAUUGAAAUUACACAUGUUUUGCUAUGCACAUGUUUAUUUCCUUUGUGUGUAUUGGAAUAACACAAAAAAAACAGGAAAAAAGCAAAUUUGACAUAAUUUCACACAAAACUCAAAAAAUGGGCCGGACAAAAUGAUUGGCACCCUUAACUUAAUAUUUAGUUGCACACCCUUUGGAAAAAAUAACUGAAAUCAGUCGCUUCCUAUAACCAUCAAUAAGCUUCUUACACCUCUCACCCGGAAUUUUGGACCACUCUUCUUUUGCAAACUGCUCCAGGUCUCUCAUAUUGGAUGGGUGCCUUUUCCCAACAGCAAUUUUAAGAUCUCUCCACAGGUGUUCAAUGGGAUUAAGAUCUGGACUCAUUGCUGGCCACUUCAGAACUCUCCAGCACUUUGUUGCCAUCCAUUUCUGGGUGCUUUUUGAAGUAUGUUUGGGGUCAUUGUCCUGCUGGAAGACCCAUGAUCUCGGACGCAAACCCAGCUUUCUGACACUGGGCCCUACAUUGCGACCCAAAAUCCUUUGGUAAUCCUCAGAUUUCAUGAUGCCUUGCACACAGUCAAGGCACCCAGUGCCAGAGGCAGCAAAACAACCCCAAAACAUCUUUGAACCUCCACCAUAUUUGACUGUAGGUACUGUGUUCUUUUCUUUGAAGGCUUCAUUACAUUUUCGGUAAACAGUAGAACGAUGUGCUUUACCAAAAAGCUCUAUCUUGGUCUCAUCUGUCCAUAAGACGUUCUCCCAGAAGGAAUUUGGCUUACUCAUGUACAUUUUGGCAAACUGUAGUCUUGCUUUUUUAUGUCUCUGUGUCAGCAGUGGGGUCCUCCUGGGUCUCCUGCCAUAGCGUUUCAUUUCAUUCAAAUUUCGACGUAUAGUUCGCGCUGACACUGAUGCACCCUGAGCCUGCAGGACAGCUUGAAUUUCUUUGGAACUUGUUUGGGGCUGCUUAUCCACCAUCCGGACUAUCCUGCGUUGCAACCUUUCAUCAAUUUUUCUCUUCCGUCCACGUCCAGGGAGAUUAGCUACAGUGCCAUGGGUUGCAAACUUCUUGAUCAUGUUGCGCACUGUGGACAAAGGAACAUCUAGAUCUCUGGAGAUGGACUUGUAACCUUGAGAUUGUUGAUAUUUUUCCACAAUUUUGGUUCUCAAGUCCUCAGACAGUUCUCUUUUCCUCUUUCUGUUCUCCAUGCUUAGUGUGGCACACACAGAAACACAAUGCAAAGACUGAGUCAACUUCUCUCCUUUUUAUCUGCUUUCAGGUGUGAUUUUUAGAUUGCCCACACCUGUUACUUGCCCCAGGUGAGUUUAAAGGAGCAUCACAUGCUUGGAACAAACUUAUUUAUCCACAAUUUUGAAAGGGUGCCAAUAACUUUGUCCGGCCCAUUUUUUUAGUUUUGUGUGAAAUUAUGUCAAAUUUGCUUUUUUCCUGUUUUUUUUUGUGUUAUUCCAAUACACACAAAGGAAAUAAACAUGUGCAUAGCAAAACAUGUGUAAUUUCAAUACUUUUCUGUGAGAAAUACUUCAUUUUCUGGAAAAAUUUCAGGGGUGCCAACAAUUUUGGCCAUGACUGUAUAUAUCCUACCUCAAAUAUAUCCUACCUCAAAUUUAGAAAUAUAAUUCAAAACAAAUGUCCCGAACAACAAUGAAUUGGCAGGGCAAUUCAAGCAAAGCUAAUAUGCAGUGAUAAUGUAUUGGGCCUAUAGCUUAUUGCACAAACCUAAUUGCUACAGUACUGUUUUUAAUUGGUUAAUGUUGCGUAGGCUUACAUUUUGUAAGUCAAGUAAAAAAAUAUAUCUGAGUGGUAGAUCUCUGCUUACAUUUUGACUCAAAGUGAUCUUGACUUAGAAAAGGUUGGUGACCACUGUUCUAGAGUUUUUCCUGUUAACACUAUCAAUGUUUCCUUUUACAGUGGCAAUUGUGAUCGAAUCAACGCAAUAUUAGCCACUUUCAAUGCAACAUACCGAAACAAAACAAACUAUGCAAGAGAUUUUGUUGUAGGCAGAAUGCAUCGGAGUAGGAUUCUAUCGCAUUGAUGCGGAGUACUCAGCCCGUACUCUACAAAGAUUGGUGCGGCAUGAACAAUCCGAGCUGCAGUAGGCCUAAAUGCAAAUAGACCAUUACCAUAUAUGGAUCUGUGCCAUUUACUUUGAACUGGACUGUGUUUACAGCAUGAGCUGUCAUGAGUAGAUACGCUUGUUUUGAGAUCAAAGCGAGAGCUGCAUGUAGCCAUGUGCACAUUUUGUUCAUAUCCUUUGCUAGUUAGUGAGUUAUUAGCCCAGUUAUAGAUCAUUUGUAAUAAGCAAUAGGGGAGUGAUGGCUUCCUACAAGAGCACAAAACGUGUACAUUUCUAGACAUCUUCGAAAAGCGAGUCAGGUAAAGAGCUUUUUUUUUGUCUUAAAGGGGCAGUGUUGUAUUUUGAGACAGGCUUGAAUAAGCUAAUUAGCCAAUAGGCAGAGGGUAGCAUAAUGUGUCUGAUUCUCUGUAAUAAUGGUAUGGGAAUAAUAAUGCAUUUUAUUUUGUAAAGUGGUUUCUUGCAUCACACAAUAAACCAACAUUUUCAGUCACCUUGUCUGAAGGACAAGUGGAUAAACAGGUUAAUGUCAAGCCCUGCAUGUUUUUUUCAAAAGUCCCAUGGAAUGUAGGCCUACAUUGAACACCACACAUUGGCUUCUACUGUAGGCUGAAUGAUAGAACAACUAUUUCCAUGUUAACAUUUUAUCUCUAUUGUUUUGAUGUCAGGCCACUGGUAGGCCUACAUUAUGAUCAAAUAGCCACAGUAGCCUACUUGGCCACUGUUAAAACUGGAACUUAAAGUGGGUACAGCCUCAGUGUUCACAGUAAAUGCGCGCUAGAAGUUGCACAGAAUUUCAAGUUUGUGCUCAGCAGACCUGAAAUUCGCUCAGUGCCUAAUUUAUUUUAGAGGGAACAUUGUUUGUAACCCAAAAUAAAAUUAAGUUCCUGCUAUCAAAAUUGGGAUUCUGAACAUCAGAAAUGACACCGGGUUGUGUUCGUUGACAGGGCCCCACCCAGACACACCUAUAGAUGGCCCCCCGGAGACUAAGCCAGCCGAGGGAGAGGGGGAGCAGGCCAAGAAACGACGAGGCAGGAAGAAGAGUAAGCUGGAGGACAUGUUCCCAGCUUACCUGCAGGUUUGUUCUCGCUCACCACCUUUCACCAUGGGCUAUUCUAAACACUUCAUAUGGCAACCUAAAGGACCAGUUUCCCAGAGACAAAUGUAGCCUAAUGGACUACAAAACAUGCUCAAUUGAGAUUCUCCAUUGAAGUUGCUUCUUAGUCCAAGGCUAGACUUAAUCUGUCUGAGAAACCAGCCCAGAGUGUCUAGUGACCAUUCAACUCCAUGUAGGACUGGCUAACAUCAUCAUUCUCUCUGUCUCUCUGUGUGUGUAGGAGGCAUUCUUUGGUAAACAACUGAUGGACCGGAGUAAGGAGGCUCUCCUGGUUCCUCCAGGACAGAGGCAUCAUGGGGCCAUGGGUCUCCUACUGCCUCCACUGCCUCACGCACAGGGGGCCCGACCCACCGCUCCUGACGCAAUUGAGGUCCGGGAGCGAGCGAUGGGGGCUGGGAUGCACCUGAAGCAGGAGGGGGGUGAGGGAUCACAGGCUCAGAUAGAGGGAUCAGAGUCGUCUUCAUCUGUCAAAGAACAGGGCUCAACGGACCCUCAAGGCUCCAACACUGAGAAGCAUGAAGGUAAGAGAUCACAGUGAUGCUGAAAUGUUGCCGAUUUAAUAAAAGUGAUACUUCAAGCGUAGUGUGCAGGAGUUUUUUUUCGAGAAACUUAAAGGAAUUGUGUUUUGACAUAUGUUAUCAGUUUGGUCUUGGUGGAUGUUUUUGCCCGCUGUCCUACACUCCUGUUUUUUUCUCUCUCCCAGGUCUUCCUCAGGGCAUGGAGAGUCAGGACUCUGAGCAGUUCUUCAGGAAGGUCCUGGGGUCAUCAGAGGGUGUGUCUCUAGGAGGGUCCCUACAGAGCAGCAUGAGGCCCAUCCUAGAGGGAGGCAAGGGGGAGAUGAACUGCAGCGGUCUGCCACAGAGGAGCCUUCUCACAGGUAGUUGUACAGGCCUGAGCGCUGCUAGGGGGAAUCUAUACCCAUUCACACUAUCAUGCCUAGAGAGCUCACUUAGAGGAAGUAGAAAUGAGUAGGAUGUUGAACUUAGAUAUCUCACUUAGAGAAAGGACUAGAAAAGGUGAACUGUGUGAUGCUAUAUGGAGCAAUAGUUGUAAAGGACCCUUUAUGUUGUUCAGGAAACGUUCGUGUCAUGUCACUCAUACAAGCUGAUCUCUUUCAGGAUCCCUGCCCUCCGCUGGUAUGAUGGACUCCUUCCCUGGACUUUCUCAGUCUCCCUUCUUUGACAUGCGGGAAAGGGGUGGCCUGUUCAGUCCAGAUGGGGGAGAGGAGAGCCCGUGGGCCAACCCCUCCACCCCAGCCACCCCCUCCACUCCUCCUACCCCCACCGAGGUAGAUGGAGACGGGCUGUCCUAUAACCAGCGCAGCCUCCAGCGCUGGGAGAAGGAUGAGGAGCUUGGAGAGAUGUCCACCAUCUCCCCUGUACUCUACGCAAACACAAACUUCCCCACUCUCAGACGGGACUACCCAGGUGAAUAGAUGGAGGGAGAUAAUAGUUUUAAAAAAUGACAAUGAAAAAGUGGAAUAUUCUAGUUUUUAGGACAUGUAUUUUUUUUGCUGUGAAUGAGGUGGUGCUUCUAGAGUCCUAAUGAAACAAACUUUUGUUAUCUCUGAAAAUGAACCAAACAUCAAAUGUUUUGACUUCAGAUUACUGGAAUAUAAAUAAUGUAAGUUGUGAUCCUCUCUCCUCUCCACUCUAUGACAGACUGGUCCAGUCGGUGCAAACAGAUCAUGAAGAUCUGGAGGAAGAUUUCAGCUGCUGACAAGGUUCCUUUUCUUCAAAAGGCCAAAGACAAUCGAGCGGCUCAGCGGAUCAACAAGGCACAGAAGGUGAGAGUUUAGGCCAGAGCAUUGAUUCAUAGGGCCAGCUUCCUUGACCCAGAUCAAGCCCACUCCUGAACUUAAACAUUUCCAAUGAAAAUGCUUUUAUUCCACUUGAAGUCUUAAUCUGGGUUCAGGAAACCAGCCCAAAGCAUAAGAUUGUCACUGUAUGCAGUCUCAUUGCUUCUCUCCAACUGUCUCUUUUCUUCUCAUUCUACAGCAGGCAGAGAGCCAGGUGUGUCGGCCCAUCAAGACGGAAGGGGGUGGAGGUGGUGGUGUUCGGGUCAAAGGUGAACGUCCCAACCUGCACCUCCAGAUCCCCCCUCCCUCAGGUUCCGUCUCCACCUCCUCCCAACCCAGCUCGGCGGAGAGCCUGUUCCCCUUCCACCCCGACUCGGGAUCCUCUUCCACCUUCUUCCCUGACGGUCCUCUCAAGACCCCGGGCUCGGCAUCGGCAGAUAUGCGGACAGAUCCCUUUGCCAAGCUGCCUCCCCAGUCCCCCCAUCCCUCCACCCCAUACUCCUCCCACCAGGCCGCCUCCAGCCCCAUGCAGGGCCAGGCCUCUUCCUCAGGUUACCCACACCCCUGCCCACAGGGCCCUCCUCAGGGACACCCGGCUAGCCUCGGCCCCUUUGACAUGCAGCCAGGGAAUCCCCGGCGGGCUCAGCAGGUCGACCCCUUCUUCAGGCCGCAGCAACAGCAGAUCCAGGGUCACCUGCCCCAGUCACAGCAGGGCUCUCAGGAGCACUUAGGCCCCCAAGAAAACCCUCGGUCCAGGGGUGGAGGGCCCGUGGACUCUCCUCUCUUCUCCCCGCCCCACACCACCCACUAUGGAGACCCAUUCCGCGGCCAGCAGCAGGGGAUGGGGCGUCCAGAAUACGGUUCCUCCCCUUCCCAGGUGUCCUCGCCUUCUGGGAUGGGACAGGGGCAAUACAGGGCUGAUGUGAGCGGAGGACCCUCUCCCCGCUCCUCCUCCACGGGACGCCAGGACCUGAGUAACACGGGCUCCCCUGCAGGAAUGCUGGACUCGGGGGAUGGCUUGUUUAAGGCUCCCAUGACGCCACGGAUGCACCAAGGAGAGGGUGGGGUGUUACUCCAUCCCGGAGCCUCACCCCAUCCCGGAGCCUCACCCAACCACCCCUCUGAGGUCUACCGCCAGUCCCCCUCCACCCCGUUCCAGGACCCCUAUGCCCAGCCUCCCCUCACCCCCAGGCCCCAGUCUGGGGACAGCUGCUCCCCCCUCCCCCAGCAGAGGCACCCCCAGGCUCAGCAGGAAUCCUGCCCCAGGAUCCCCUCCAGCCCCCAGUCCCAGGUCAGCUCCCUCUCUCCCCUCACUCCUGGAGCCCCCUCCAACGACGCAUUCUCUGUCCAGUCCCCGGCUUCCACCUCCCGCUUCCAGUCCCCUGACCCUUACUCCCGGCCCCCCUCGCGCCCCCAUUCCAGGGACCCCUUCACUGCUCUGCACAAGCCCCCCCGGCCCACCUCCACUGCUCCAGAGGGCACCCCCAGCUACAGAGGCUCACCUCACCCCAACCAGCCUCCCUCACUCCCCCCGUCGUCCACCCCUGUGGGGGACCCUCUCUCUGGGAAACCCUCUGGGCCGCCUGGGUUCAGCCGUGGCCCCAACAUAGCCUAUCAGAUGGCCCAGCAGCAGCAACAACAACAACUCCUUCAUCAACAGCAACAACAACAACUCCAACAACAGACCAUAGGUGCUGACUUCCACUCCAGGAUGCCCCCCCAGCAGGACCCCAUAGCCCCCUGCCCCCCAGAUGCACCUCACCCCCCGGGGGCUAUGCCCGGUGCCCAGGAGAUGCCCGACAUGUCAGCGGUUCAGGAUCCUUCACUACUGGGCCUCAGCCCUUCUGAGUUGGAGAAGCACAGACAGGUACAUGUUCAAUUUUAUUUGCUUUUAUUAGGAUCUCCUUUAUUCGACUACAGGGCUAAUCUUCUGAGUCCUUCAACAUCUACAGUGAGGGAAAAAAGUAUUUGAUCCCCUGCUGAUUUUGUACGUUUGCCCACUGACAAAGAAAUUAUCAGUCUAUAAUUUUAAUGGUAGGUUUAUUUGAACAGUGAGAGACAAAAUAACAACAAAAAUAUCCAGGUAAACGCAUGUCAAAAAUGUUUUCAAUUGAUUUGCAUUUUAAUGAGGGAAAUAAGUAUUUGACCCCUCUGCAAAACAUGACUUAGUACUUGGUGGCAAAAACCUUGUUGGCAAUCACAGAGGUCAGACGUUUCUUGUAGUUGGCCACCAGGUUUGCACACAUCUCAGGAGGGAUUUUGUUCCACUCCUCUUUGCAGAUCUUCUCCAAGUCAUUAGGGUUUCGAGGCUGACGUUUGGCAACUCGAACCUUCAGCUCCCUCCACAGAUUUUCUAUGAGAUUAAGGUCUGGAGACUGGCUAGGCCACUCCAGGACCUUAAUGUGCUUCUUCUUGAGCCACUCCUUUGUUGCCUUGGCCGUGUGUUUUGGGUCAUUGCCAUGCUGGAAUACCCAUCCACGACCCAUUUUCAAUGCCCUGGCUGAGGGAAGGAGGUUCUCACCCAAGAUUUGACGGUACAUGGCCCCGUUCAUCGUCCCUUUGAUGCGGUGAAGUUGUCCUGUCCCCUUAGCAGAAAAAUACCCCCAAAGCAUAAUGUUUCCACCUCCAUGUUUGACGGUGGGGAUGGUGUUCUUGGGGUCAUAGGCAGCAUUCCUCUUCCUCCAAACACAGCGAGUUGAGUUGAUGCCAAAGAGCUCGAUUUUGGUCUCAUCUGACCACAACAAUUUCACCCAGUUCUCCUCUGAAUCAUUCAGAUGUUCAUUGGCAAACUUCAGACGGCCCUGUAUAUGUGCUUUCUUGAGCAGGGGGACCUUGCAGGCGCUGCAGGAUUUCAGUCCUUCACGGCUUAGUGUGUUACCAAUUGUUUUCUUGGUGACUAUGGUCCCAGCUGCCUUGAGAUCAUUGACAAGAUCCUCCUGUGUAGUUCUGGGCUGAUUCCUCACCAUUCUCAUGAUCAUUGCAACUCCACGAGGUGAUAUCUUGCAUGGAGCCCCAGGCAGAGGGAGAUUUACAGUUCUUUUGUGUUUCUUCCAUUUGCGAAUAAUUGCACCAACUGUUGUCACCUUCUCACCAAGCUGCUUGGCGAUGGUUUUGUAGCCCAUUCCAGCCUUGUGUAGGUCUACAAUCUUGUCCCUGACAUCCUUGGAGAGCUCUUUGGUCUUGGCCAUGGUGGAGAGUUUGGAAUCUGAUUGAUUGAUUGCUUCUGUGGACAGGUGUCUUUUAUACAGGUAACAAGCUGAGAUUAGGAGCACUCCCUUUAAGAGUGUGCUCCUAAUCUCAGAUCGUUACCUGUAUAAAAGACACCUGGGAGCCAGAAAUCUUUCUGAUUGAGAGGGGGUCAAAUACUUAUUUCCCUCAUUAAAAUGCAAAUCAAUGUAUAACAUUUUUGAUAUGCGUUUUUCUGGAUUUUUUUGUUGUUAUUCUGUCUCUCACUGUUCAAAUAAACCUACCAUUAAAAUUAUAGACUGAUAAUUUCUUUGUCAGUGGGCAAACGUACAAAAUCAGCAGGGGAUCAAAUACUUUCUUCCCUCACUGUAAAGAUACAUAUUUAUAAUUUUUCGUCCUGACGACCUCUGACCUGUGUUUCUUAUUUUCCUCUGAUAGCGACAGAAACUGAGGGAGUUUUUGAUUCGGCAGCAGAUGCAGCGAAACUCAAUCCGGCAGGAGAAAGAGGCCGCCGCAACCAGCAGUGCCACCCCUGGCUGGCCUGGAGGAGACAUGGCAGCCUAUCAGCAAGACAAAGCCCACCGUGCUCCACCACCCUACCCACAGGUACACUAUUAUAUGUCAACCAACAUGUCUGAAAUCAACUUGGGUCGUGUUCAAAAAAUGUUUUGAAUCUGAGUGAAACUGGGAGGUGUACUACCUGUCCAAUAAGAACAGUUUUGUUACAGUUUGCCCUACUGAACCCUUCUCAGCGGUUCCUUAGUAUUUUUAUUUUAAUUGCUCCUGAGGGGAUUGAUAAAGUUUGAAUUAAAUUGUAGGUCCUUGUUGUUUGUCCCUAUAGGACCGUGCCGCCACUGCUGCUGGUGCCCAGGCAGCAUUGGCAGGGAAGAUGCCCCUUACUGUGUGUCCCAUGGAUGGUGGCCGUCCGCCACCCCCAGGGACCCCUGCUAUGAUGGACCCCAACCAGCUCAGGUAUGCACUCAAACCUCUGCUAAAAAAAUAAAAUAAUAACCUCUCCUUUCACUUCCCUCCAUCUUACUUCUCUUUGUCUAUUUCUUAAAUGCACACAUAGCUAUACAUUGAAAUGAAUGCCAUCAGGAGUUGUUUUCAGCAAAGAUAACCUUUGUGCACAACACUUUGUCUCAUUAGCUUGCGGUACAUGUUUUGCAUUUGUCUGUAUUUCUCUUUUGUAGACAACCAGGGCCCCCCAACCCCCAGGGCAUGUAUGGUCGUCCUCAGUUCCCUGGCCAGUGGCAGCAGGGCCCAGGUCCCCGUCGCUUCCCUCAGCCUGGCAUGGAGGGUGUGGGCCCCAGGCAGCACCUCAACGCUCCCCUCAACAUCCAACAGGCCAUGCAGCAGGGUAUGGCUAACCCCCGUGGCCUGGUGCCUGGCCCUGGAGGGGAACCCAUGCAGUCCGGGAUGGACCCCGGAGGACCCCCACCACAGUUCAUUGAGCUGAGGCACAACUCCCAGAGGCUGCCCGUGGGGACCCAGAUUCUCCAACGAGGGCCCCAGCAACGGCCGCGCCUCUACAUCCCCCAGCAGCAGGAAAUGGCCCCCGGCCAGUUUGUUCAGCAUCCGAUGCCUCAGGGUAUGGACUCUCAGACAGAGGGGGUCAGAGACUCACAGCUGGGGCUACAGCGAGGUAGUAUGGGUCUAUUACUGCCCCAGCAGAGCACUGGCCCCUCACAGCAGCAACAACAACAACUCCAUCUCCAAUCCCAGACAGGUACUCCUCAGACCCCUAACACUCCCAGCUCUCACUCUGGGCAGCAGCACCAGCCUCCCCAGACCUCCACAGAGGCCCAGGCUGGAGCUCCAGAUGACCCUAGUGUUGACGACCUGGAGGACCCGUUUGCCCCAAAAGGGCUAGGGGAUGCCCCCGGAGAUGGAGGAGUGGAAGAUGAGGAUGACCUGGCUCUGGAUCUAGACCCUGAUAAGGGUGAUGACGACCUGGGUAACCUUGACAACCUGGAAACCACGGACCCGCACCUAGACGACUUACUCAACAGUGACGAGUUUGACCUGCUGGCUUAUACGGACCCCGAGCUGGACCAAGGGGACCCCAAGGAUGUUUUCUCGGACCAGUUGCGGUUGGUGGAAGCAGAGGGUGAAACUCCAGGUACCUCUGGGGCUCAGGACAGCAAAGUGGAACAGAAACCAAAAGUGGAGCAAAACCCAACCCCAAACACAGGGGGCGCCAUUUCCUCCACAACUCUCCAUCCCUCCUCCUCGGAGUCUACCGUCACCUCCAGGAUAAAGCUGGAGCCAGGCCAAGUGGUGGUGAAGGAUGAGAUGGGAGAUGCUGUCUCCAUGCUCCUUCAAAGAAACAAACCCACCACCCAACCAGAGAACCAGGGUGCUUCACUGAACUCUGUGCGUUUAGGAGGGCUCCCAUACCCUCUGCCGGGUCAGGCUGAUUCCUUAUCCUCCAUGGGGGAGGACCCCCUGGGGCUGCCUGACGGAGGGGGACAGCAUUCCCCUGCCGUGGAUCUAGACAAAGUCGAGAGCUCCCUGGAAGCCAGCGAGCUUCCCUUGCUGAUCCAGGACCUGCUGGAGCACGAGAAGAAGGAGCUCCAGAAACAGCAACAGCAGCAGCUCAGCUCCCUCCACCAGGGGGUGAUGGGAGGGCACAUGGGAGGCCACCCCAACCCCCAGGGGGGUCCUGGACAUAUCAUGCUGCCCCAGCACCACCGCCCCCCACCCCAGGGCAUGAUGGGACAGCCAGGUAUGGUGCCACGCCCUCCACACCUUUUGCAGCAGCAAAGGCUCAUGGGACAACCUGGGAUGACGCCGCAGCACAUGGCUGCCAUGGCUCAGCAACAAGGAAUAAUGAGGGUGGGGCAACCUGGAGGUAUUCAUCCAGGACUCAACCCUCAGCAGCAGCAGCAACAGAUGGUCAAACAGUCAGCUCUGGCUAAUAACUUCUUCCCUGAUAAAGGUAAAUAAAUAUAAAUUCUCGAGAUUGCUUGAAUCAUGACUCUUGCUUGAAUCAUGACUCUUGCUUGAAUCAUGACUCUUGCUUGAAUAAUGACUCUUGCUUGAAUCAGUAAUCUUUGUUUGAAUCAUUAAUCUUUGUUUGAAUCAUGACGUUUUCCUUUCAUAUAUUUGACCUGGUGUUUCUGCUUGCUCACAGAUCUAGACAAGUUUGUGACGGACGACAUCAUGGAUCCCAUCGUCAAGGCGAAGAUGGUGGCACUGAAGGGCAUCAAGAGAGUGUUGGCACAGGACCCAAUGGGGGUUCCCUCUGGCAUCAACAGGCAACAGGUCUCUCUGUUGGCCCAGAGACUAGCUUCAGGAACAGGAGACCCACAGGGUCAACUCGUGUCUGGCCCAUCUAAGGUACAGUGUCUCACUUGUCCAAACAUAACCAGGACAAUAUGUGUUCAUAAUAUUUAUUUUGUAACACAGAUCAAUUGCUAUGGGAUCUUCAGAACACAAUCACUCGAUUCGUUUAGCUGAUUUAUGUAUUUUGACAACUUUUUAGGAAGGGGAAAGCAGUGAUUCAACACAAUCUAGACCCAACCCUCCCCAGUUUGUACAAGGGAUCAUCAGUAAGUUCUACUAAUUUCUCAUCUUUAUAAUACUUAAAUGUAUUUCAGUUAGUUGAUGUAGUCCAGUGUUUCCCAAACCUCUUCUUGAGUACCCCCAGCCAUUGAACAAAUUUGAUGUAUUCCAGUACAAGCCAACCAGAUUGAAUUGGUCAACUAAUCACCCCCUGUUCUCACUACCAGACGAUGCGGAACAACACCAGUAUGAGGAGUGGCUCCUGCACACCCAGCAGCUGCUGCAGAUGCAGCUCAAGUUCCUGGAGGAGCAGAUUGGAGCUCAGCGCAAGUCCCGCAAGGCUCUGUGUGCCAAGCAGCGCACUGCCAAGAAGGCAGGCCGCGAGUUCGCCGAGGCUGACGCAGAGAAACUCAAACUGGUCACUGAGGAGCAGAGCAAGAUCCAGAAACAGCUGGACCAGGUGGGGAAAAUGCUCCGAAAAUCCUUACCCUCUCCACACCCCCACCCACCCUCGUGUUUCCAGUCUUAAGAUGGUACUAGGCACCUGUUAACCCAUAUCUCUUGUUGUGUUUCAGGUGCGAAAGCAGCAGAAGGAACACACCAACCUGAUUGCAGAGUACAGGAGCAAGCAGCAGCAGCACCAGCAGUGCUCUGGUCUCCUGGCCCCAGGGCCCUCUACCCAGGUGCCCCACACACUCUCCAAGAUGCCUGGGCAGAUGAUGGGCCAGCAAGGAGCUCCCGUGAUGAGCCAACCUCCAGGAAUCAUGCCCCAGGGAAUCAUGCCCCAGGGAGGGAUGCCCGUCCGAAUGCCCCCUCAGGGGCAGCCGUUCCUGGGAGGAGGCCAGCCCCAGCACCUUGGAGCUCUGGGAGUCAGACCCCCUGGUCCUCCUGGUGGUCCUCCCGCAGCAUUCUUCCCCCAGGGUCCAGGAGGAGUCCAAGGAGCAGACCCAAGACUUAUCCAGGAGAGACAACACAGGAUGCAGAUGAUCCAGAAACUACAACAGCAGCAGCAACAACAGGCGACGAUGCAAGGCCAGCAGCCCAUGCCACAUCCAGGUGGCCAACCAGGUAUGUUGCCACAACCACAGCCAGGCAUCAUGGGUAACCCUAUGAUGGGUCAACAACCAAACCUCCAACAGGGAAUGAUGCCCAACCAGGCCAUGGUGCCCCAGGUUACAGUAUCAGGCCAGGCUGUGGCCCAGCCACCGCAGACCCUGAUGGGAGGGCAGCCUAUGAACCAGCCUCUAGGCAUGACUGGGGCCCAGCCAGGUAUACAGCAGCAACAGAGGCCUCAGGUCAUGAUGGGCGAGCAGGGAGUAGGAGGACCCCCUCAGCACCAUGGACUCAGAGGACCCGGCCAGGCCCAGCUCACACCUCAACAACAAAUCCUGGCCCAGCGCAUGUUGGCGCAGCAGCAGCAACUGAAGCUACAGCAGCAGCAAGUGGCACAACAACAGCUCAGGCAACCAACACCACAGGGCUUCAUCAGCCAACCCAACCAGUCUCAAGACUCCCAGGGAGGACUAUCUCAACCUGCCACCCCAGGUCAAAUGGGGUCUUCUCCCGCUUCAGCAGGGGGGAGCACUCGGGUCACCCCUCAACCAGCUGAGGGGCUGCAGCAUGGGGAGGGUGGCAUCCUUAGCCCUAUCUCUAGGACCCCUCCACAGCAGGGUGGACCUGGACCUUCAAUCCCGGGCCAGAUGACCCAACCAGGGGCUGCUGGAGAGCAACAGGCGGCAGUGGGACAACAGCAGAAGUACAUGGCCCAGCAGCAGCAACAGCAACCGGCAUCACAGCAACAACAACAACCUCCUCAAAAUGCUCAAGCUGGACUUCAACAGCAAGCAGGUUACCAACAGGCUGGCAUGCAUCCCCAAGUACAACAGCAGCAACCACAGCAGCAACAGCAGCUUCAACAACAACUCUCUCUACAGCGACAGAGCUCCCUCAAUGCUGAUGCCUCAAAGUCUGGUUUGGUCACCGUCAAGCAGGAAGGACAGCAGAUGUGUUACAUGGCCCAACAUCAACAGCAGCAACGACUACAACAACAGAAUCUUAUGCAGCAAGCACAGGACCCCAUUGGACAACAACCGCAACAACAACAACAUGACGGUAUGGGCCAGAUGCAGAAUGUGAUAGGUCAACAGAACCACCCUGGUCAGCCUCAGCCUGUCGCUGGUAUGCCAGGCCACCCUAGCCCCCAGCAACAGGCUCUCAUGGCACAGCAGGCCCAGCAGCAGAAGCAGCAUGCCAUGAUGGGCAUGCUGAGAGCCCAGCAGCAGGUCAUGAUGCCUGGCCAGAGGCCUGGAGUUCCACCUGGUCAGAUACGCACCCCAGUCAACAUCCAGGCUAUCAUAGCCCAGAACCCCCAGCUCCGACACCUCACCCCCAACCAGCAGAUACAGCACAUCCAGGCCAUGAUCCAACAGCGCCAGCUCCAACUGCAGCAACAACAACAGGGCCAGAUGCUGAGGCUCCAGGUGGGUCAGGGACAGCCAGGGCAGAUGAGACCCCAGGGGCCCCCAGGACCAGGGCAGCAGGUGGGACAGGUCCAGAGAAUGCCUGGAGGUCUGGAGGCCCAGCAGCAGCAGAUGCACUAUGGAGGAGCUCUGGGGAAACCAGUGGGAGUGGGCUCCCCGCAACAACCAGGGAUGAUGGGCCCCGGCCAACCACUGGGCGUGGUGACCCCUCAGAUGCAGCAGCAAGGGAUCAUGGGACCUGUAGUCCAACAGCAGCAGCCAGGAGCCUCGCCUCAGUACGCCUUGAGUGUCCAGCAGCAGCAGAUGAUGCAGCAACAACAGGCCCAACAACACCAGAUGAGAGGCCAGGUGCCCAUGGCUCGCUCCCCCAUGGGGCAGGUACGUGCUGGGCCCCCCCAAGGCCACCACAUCAGGCCCAUGUCUCCCCGUCAGCCCCUGGCCAACUCCCCAGGAGACCCCCAGCGCCACGCCAUGGCACAGGCGAUGGGGAUGCGUCAACCCAACCCAAACCAAGUCAUGCAACAACAACAGCUCCACAUGACUCAAAAACACUUCCAGGGCUCUCCCUCCCACCCAGGCUCCCCUGCAGGAUCCUCAGUCCAGAAACAGGAAGCAGGCAUGAGCCCAGCUACCCCAGGCACGCCACACUCCACCCACAUUGCCUCUCCGUCUGUAAUCGACGUGGCAGCUGGGAAAGGUAGUCCUUACAGUCAGAUCAAGCCCUCUCCUCUCAGGUCACCUGGAGCAACGAACAGUCCCCUGGACUACCCUGGGCUUAAGGCCGAAAGUGGCGACACAACCCAGAGCCAAGUCCCCCCGAAUGGGCUUUCGCCUCAGAAGGGUGAGAGUGGACCGCAGGUCCAACAGCAUCCACAACAGGGCUUAGUGAACCAGGGUGGUCCUCAACCUCCACCAGGCUCCAGAGAGGGAACUCUGUAUAAGAUGACCCUACAGAACAUCAAACAGGAGCCCAGAGAGUUGACCUGUGACAGGGAAGGAGGUGGUGGUCCUCACUCUGGGGCCAUCAAGAGGGAGGUGACUGGGGAGCCGGUUGGAGGGUUUGGUAACAGUGGUCCUGGACCAGGAGGGGACCCUGGAGCCCACGUCCCCAGGACUGAGACAGGACAACAGCUACUGCAGAAGCUCCUGAGGACCAAAAAUCUGCAGCUGGCAGCUCAGAGGCCCUCUGAAGGCAUCCACAACGAGAUCAAUGGACACAUCAACAGCAAGCUGGCCAUGCUAGAGCAGAAACUACAGGGGACUCCACGCAAUAUGGAGGUGAGUUGGAUAUAUCCUGUCCGUUAUAGAUUUUUUUUUAUUCUCCAUGUUGCAAGCUAGUAGGUGCUAGUCAUAGAAAUAGACUUAAGCCCUAUUCGGACAGGAUUCGUUUUACAGGGGGAGGUCGGGUAAUGUAAUUACAUGCACAAAAGACCACAUCUAUAAUUUUUGUCCCGUCAGAAUUUGCCAUGUCAGUCAUUUUUACUUUUUACUUUUUAUUAUUAUUGACGUUAUUAUUCCAGCCCCAAAAACCUAUUUAUUUUGUCAAACUCCAAGGUCCUCUGGUACUACUAAUCCCGUACCUGUGUUUUGAGGGAUAUUAGAGUUGAACAGGUGUUGCACACAGUUUGGGUAAGAACAUGGGAAAAGAUUGAUGCUUAAAACAAACUGCUGUGGAUGCCUACAGAUGUACUUGUCUUGUAAAAGUUGAAGCGGAUGAUAUUGUGCCAAUGAAUUGAUAAAUUGCCAAAUACGUUAGUUAAUUAAAUGUCUGCAUACAGUUCAUGUUUUUUUAUUGAGAUUGUUUUUUAUUUAUUUUAUAUAUUUAUUUCACCUUUAUUUAACCAGGUAAGCCAGUUGAGAACAAGUUCUCAUUUACAACUGCGACCUGGCCAAGAUAAAGCAAAGCAGUGCGAUUUAAAAACAACAACACAGAGUUACAUAUGGGGUAAAAAAAACAUAAAGUCAAAAAAUACAACAGAAAAUAUAUAUAUACAGUAUGUAGCAAGUUAUGGAGGUAAGGCAAUAAAUAGGCUAUAGUGCAAAAUAAUUACUAUUAGUAUUAACACUGGAAUGCUAGAUGUGCAAGAGAUUAUGUGCAAAUAGAGAUACUGGGGUGCAAAAGAGCAAAAUAAAUAACAAUAUAGGGAUGAGGUAGUUGGGUGGGCUAAUUUCAGAUGGGCUGUGUACAGGUGCAGUGAUCGGUAAGGUGCUCUGACAACUGAUGCUUAAAGUUAGUGAGGGAGAUAAGUGUCUCCAGCUUCAGAGAUUUUUGCAAUCCGUUCGUUUUGACUUUCUUUGAACUGAAAGCCAAUAUUAGGCUAUCCCUAGACAAGUUGAAAUAUCUUCACGUCUAGAACAGCCUCCAGGCUUCCAUCAUAACGAUACAUUUUAAAUGAGAAAAAAUUAAAAAAUGACGGGGCAGUUUGGUAAAACUAAUCCUGUCCGAAUAGUCAACUGGAAAAACAGACAUGCUGGGGUAUUCAUUACAUAAGACGUUCUAUAGUAAUAAGAGUCCUGUGCAAAUAGGGCCUUAGAAUGUUUUAGAAAUUGUAUUUCUUUAUGGUACUAGUCCACUCAAAUGGGAUUCCUUGCUUCAUUGCUUUUGUUUGUCCUCAUCACAGGAUCUGCAGUCCAUCACAAAGAGGGCUCCUGUUGCCAAGGCAAAGCGCUCCAACAAGACUGGAGAACGAGCGCCCCAGUCCCGUAAGAAGAAGAAAGAGGAGGUUGGGAAGAGCACUGAAGCCCUGAUGAAACAUCUGAAACAGGUAAGACCUUUUCUCACUGAAACGUAGUGUAACACUUGAAUUUAAUGAAAGGUUGGAAUGAACCAUUGAUUUUAGUGUAUGCUGUAUUCUUUUUAAAUAUAUUAUUGUGUUAUGAAAAGCGCUCUAUAAAAAAUAACUUUAUUCAAACAGUGCAUGUUUUGUAGGAUGCCACUUUUGACAGUAAUACUUAAUGUGGCUUUCCCCAUGCUUGUUUUGUUGUUGUGAAAAUAAAAGUUACAAUUUUGUCAUUCUUUUCUUCCAGGGCCUUUCUCUCCUUCCCCUGAUGGAGCCCUCCAUCACUGCCAGUCUGGACCUGUUCGCCCCCUUCGGCAGUAGCCCAGCCAACGGCAAGGCCCUGCUCAAGGGCUCCUUUGGAAAUGCGUUACUGGGCAACAUCCCAGACUACUACUCUCAGCUGCUCACCAAGGUAUGAGCAGCAAGCUGAUGUGUCCAGCAUGGACUUACAGUUGUGGUCCAGAUUUCCAGCUGCAUAUUGCUCUUGAUGCAGGAGUAACAGUGUGUAUACUGAACGAAAAUAUAAACGCAACAAUUUCAACGAUUUUACUGAGUUACAGUUCAUGUAAGGAAAUCCGUCAAUUUAAAUAAAUUCACUAGACCCUAAUCUAUGGAUUUCACAUGACUGGGCAGGGGCACAGCCAUGGGUGGGCCUGGGAGGGCAUAGGCCCACCCACUUGGGAGCCAGGCCCAACCACUGGGGAGCUAGGCCCAGCCAAUCAGAAUGGUUUUUUCCACACAAAAGGGCUUUAUUACAGACAAAUACUCCUCAGUUUCAUCAGCUGUCCGGGUGGCUGGUCUCAGACGAUCCCGCAGGUGAAGAAGCCAGAUGUGGAGGUCCUGGGCUGGCGUGGUUACACAUGGUCUGCGGUUGUGAGCCUGUUGGACGUACUGCCAAAUUCUCUAAAAUGAUAUUGGAGGUGGCUUAUGGUAGAGAAAUGAACAUUCAAUUCUCUGGCAACAGCUCUGGUGGACAUUCCUGCAGUCAACAUGCCAAUUGCACGCCCCCUCAAAACUUGAGACAUCUAUGGUAUUGUGUUGUGUGACAAAACUGCACAUUUUAGAGUGGCCUUUUAUUGUCCGCAGCACAAGAUGCACCUGUGUAAUGAUCAUGCUGUUUAAUCAACUUCUUGAUAUUUCACACCUGUCAGGUGGAUGGAUUAUCUUGACAAAGGAGAAAUGCUCACUAAUGGGAAUGUAAACAAAUUUGUGUACCAAAUUUCAGAGAAAUACGCUUUUUGUGCGAAUGGAACAUUUCUGGGAUCUUUUAUUUCAGCUCAUAAAACAUGGGACCAACACUUCACAUGUUGCGUUUAUAUUUUUGUUCAGUAUAUAUUCGCUCGCCCAGCACCUAAGUUUAACAAGAUGUGCAUAUGACAACAAGCACUUUUAUUGCUCUCAAUGAUCCCACUGUCCACUGUGUAACCUUUGCUAACCGUAUAUCCUAACAGAGUAACCUCAGUAAUCCACCGACACCCCCAUCCUCCCUGCCCCCCACACCACCCCCCGCGAUGCAGCACAAAUUGCUCAACGGGACUACAGCUGUGGAGGAGCUGACUGAGGGACAGAAGGAGACCGAGACCACAGAGGACUCUAUGGGUAAGACAAGGCUUUUAUUGUUUUUUUUUCUUCUUUCAAAUAAAGACACACUUAGUCUCACUUCUGAACGUCUGUAGGGUUUUAUACAGCCGCCGCAAAAUUCAGGUAGUGAAUUGUGUAAUCUAAAACCCUCAGCAAUUUCAUGGUCCUUCGAGCCGGAUAGGAACAAUGUAAGGAUUUUGUAGAGUGCAAUCCGACUUGAUGAGCAGCUGAACAGUAUGUUAGUGGAUUGUCUCUCUCUCUAUAAUUUGUCUGCAGAUUCUGUGACUGAGGAGGUGAAGAGUGUGGAUAUUUUAGCAGCGCUCCCCACCCCACCUCACAACCAGAACGAGGACAUCAGGUAUGAUAUGGAGCCUGUCUGAAUCCUGUGUCGCUGCGUAACAUGCACUGUAUCAGUGACGGCUGUGUUAGUGAUUUAAAGCGUUUUGGAGGAGGAUGGGUGAAAAAUAAAUUUGAGAAAAAUAACUUUUUAAAUAGCCUAAGCCAAUGGGAUGACAUGCUUUUAUUGGGAUGACAUUAUUGUUAUUUUUUAACUUUUCCUCAAUAUUUUGAGGGGGACCAUCCUCCUCUACUUCUCUGGCAUGUACAGUUGAAGUCGGAAGUUUACAUACACUUAGGUUGGAGUCAUUAAAACUUGUUUUUCAACCACGCCACACAUUUCUUGUUAACAAACUAUAGUUUUGGCAAGUCGGUUAGGACAUCUACUUUGUGCAUGACACAAGUAAUUUUUCCAACAAUUGUUUACAGACAGAUUAUUUCACUUAUAAUUCACUGUAUCACAAUUCCAGUGGGUCAGAAGUUUACAUACACUAAGUUGACUGUGCCUUUAAACAGCUUGGAAAAUUCCAGAAAAUGAUGUCAUUGCUUUAGAAGCUUCUGAUUUGAGUCAAUUGGAGGUAUACCUGUGGAUGUAUUUCAAGGCCUACCUUCAAACUCAGUGCCUCUUUGCUUGACAUCAUGGGAAAAUCUAAAGAAAUCAGCCAAGAUCUCAGAAAAAUAAUUGUAGACCUUCACAAGUCUGGUUCAUCCUUGGGAGCAAUUUCCAAACGCCUGAAGGUACCACGUUCAUCUGUACAAACAAUAGUACGCAAGUAUAAACACCAUGGGACCACGCAGCCGUCAUACCGCUCAGGAAGGAGACGUGUUCUGUCUCCUAGAGAUGAACGUACUUUGGUGCGGAAAGUGCAAAUCAAUCCCAGAACAACAGCAAAGGACCUUGUGAAGAUGCUGGAGGAAAUGGGUACAAAAGUAUCUAUAUCCACAGUAAAACGAGUCCUAUAUCGACAUAACCUGAAAGGCCGCUCAGCAAGGAAGAAGCCACUGCUCCAAAACUGCCGUAAAAAAGCCAGACUAUGGUUUGCAACUGCACAUGGGGACAAAGAUCGUACUUUUUGGAGAAAUGUCCUCUGGUCUGAUGAAACAAAAAUAGAACUGUUUGGCCAUAAUGACCAUCGUUAUGUUUGGAGGAAAAAGGGGGAUCCUUGCAAGCCGAAGAACACCAUCCCAACCGUGAAGCACAGGUGUGGCAGCAUCAUGCUGUGGGGGUGCUUUGCUGCAGGAGGGACUGGUACACUUCACAAAAUAGAUGGCAUCAUGAGGAAGGAAAAGUAUGUGGAUAUAUUGAAGCAACAUCUCAAGACAUCAGUCAGGAAGUUAAAGCUUGGUCGCAAAUGGACAAUGACCCCAAGCAUACUUCCAAAGUUGUGGCAAAAUGGCUUAAGGACAACAAAGUCAAGGUAUUGGACUGGCCAUCACAAAGCCCUGACCUCAAUCCUAUAGAAAAUGUGUGGGCAGAACUGAAAAAGCGUGUGCGAGCAAGGAGGCCUACAAACCUGACUCAGUUACACCAGCUUUGUCAGGAGGAAUGGGCCAAAUUUCACCCAACUUAUUGUGGAAGGCUACCUGACACGUUUGACCCAAGUUAAACAAUUUAAAGGCAAUGCUACCAAAUACUAAUUGAGUGUAUGUAAACUUCCGACCCACUGGGAAUGUGAUGAAAUAAAUAAAAGCUGAAAUAAAUAAUUAUCUCUACUAUUAUUCUGACAUUUCACAUUCAUAAAAUAAAGUGGUGAUCCUAACUGACCUAAGACUGGGAAUUUUUACGAGGAUUAAAUGUCAGGAAUUGUGUAAAACUGAGUUUAAAUAUAUUUGGCUAAGGUUGUAUGUAAACUUCCGACUUCAGCUGUAUAUUACCUCCCAUCCUAUAUCCAGUGUGGCCUUUAGACUGACCGACUGUAUUUUACUCUCAAUGCAUUUUACUCUCAAUGCUGAAGAAGUACUCCAAUAAUAAUGAGUAGUUAUUUAGUAUGAAGUUAAUCUCAGACAUGACUUUACCUGUAUCUUUCAGGAUGGAAAGUGAUGAGGACAGCGAUGCUCCAGAUAGUAUUGUCCCAGCGUCCUCUCCUGAGUGUGACUUAGGUGACGAGGUGCUACGCUUCCCUCGCCUCAGAGAACCCAAAGAGGAGGAGAUGGAGAGAACCAUCUCCCCUACCAUACCACUCAUCCCCCGCACUGCUGUCCCAGGUAGGACCACUAUACGGGCAGAAAAAGUAUACUUGUUGAAAAUGCACUUGUUGUAAGUGGUUCUUGAGCAUCUAAGAGCAUUGCUCAAUGACUAAAAUACUUUAACAUGUGUAUAUAAAAACAAAACAAAUUUGGACUAUCACUUCUGAAAUAAUAACUUAAUUAUGAAUUCCCUCCUCUUGCCAGUCCACAUCACCUUUUUUCUGUCCUUGUCCAGUGUUUCCAGAGAACAAGCCGUUUCAAGCAGUGGAUGGCAAGGCGGUGUCUACAACCAACCCCUGGGACAAAGCCAAGAGCAACGAGGUGGCUGUGACCUUCACACUGUCCUCCGCUGCAGCCAAGGUACUGAGUGAACCCCCUUCCAACCCUACACCCCUUUCUGACCCACUCUCAUUUUCACUCCAACCCCUCACCUAGAUUGGUCCCAGAUCAGUUUGUGCUGUCUUGCCAACUCCUAUGGUAAUUGUCGCGUCAUGUUUGGCAAUAUGGCUCAAACAGAUGUGGGACCAGGCUAUCUCCUAUCUGAACUGAACCAUGAACUGUCUGUCAUGGAAAAACAACCAAGAUCUUGAUUGAUUGGUUGACGUAUAUUUCUCCAGAAUCUGAACCAUGUGAUGGUGGUGGUGGCUCAGCUCCUCCACAUGCGGAUGCCUGGUUCCUAUGAGGUAGCUUUCUCUCCCAGCCCAGGCAGGGCAGGAGCUUCAGGACCAGGGAAAGAACCCGUACAACCAGGUACUGGACCUCCAGCUGACUUCUGUUAUAUUUAUCUUCACAGUUAAAAAGUCCCAAAUGGAAUGUAGGUACAAUGUAGUUACCUACUAAAUACUGAUCUAACCAGAAAGCUAAGGUUUAGCGAGGAGGAUAAGCUGAUCCUAGAUCUGUGCCUAAGUUUUAAAGUUUCUCCAGGUUGAAUUGACCCCGUCUUACUUUUGAGAAAAUGGUUAGCUAGAUAAAUGUAUUGGAGAAACAGAACAUAAAAUGGUCAGAUACAUUUAUUGAUGAAACCGAUCAUCUAACAGUGAAGUCUCCCCUCAGGUGCCCUGUGUGUGAAGACAGGUGAUCUAGACGGUAGUUCACCCAGCCAGAAUGCAGAGUGGCUGAGACAGUUUGAUGUUUCUCUGCCAGGCUGCACUCUGAAGAAACAGGUGGACAUCCUCUCACUCAUCAAACAGGUACGUCCGACUGCAUUCUAUCUAUUUCAGGGAUGUGAUAUUUCCUGAUUAAUCAGAAAUGCCUACUUUUUUUACAUUUAUCCUCCAAUAUAAUAGAAACAGAGCUUGAUCUUGAUCACAUCCCUGUACAGUCUCCCUAUGAUAUAACCUUGUAUAUUUAUGAUGUAGCUAUAUUUAUCAUUAUAUUUUAGCUGGAAUUUGUUAAUAGUAUGCUCAUAUAAAUCUGUGAUUGUCUAUGCUUAAUAUCUGGAACAACAUAAAAAAAAACAUCUGGAAAUAGCUAUAUAAAUCCAAUCGAUUACUAUUAGUCAUGGCUUUCUUUUUGUCAGUGACCUGGAGAUGAUCCCUACAAACAAUUUCAUUUCUCACUCAGGAGUUGCCGGAACAGGAGGACAACCCGGUUCAGCACUGUUAUACAACUAACGUGUCUGACCUGGAUGUACACCACCUUCCCAUCAUCCCUGUUGAAGACUCCCCUCCCUCCUCUCCCUCUCCUCCACCUCCUGCCCCUGCUCUUACUAGUGAGCCUGAGACUGAGCCUCCAACCCAGCCAGCCUCCCCCUCCACCACCCAGCCAGCCUCCCCCUCCACCACACAGCCAGCCUCCCCCUCCACCACCCAGCCAGCCUCCCCCUCCACCACCCAGCCAGCCUCCCCCUCCACCACCCAGCCAGCCUCCCCCUCCACCACCCAGCCAGCUUCCCCCUCCACCACCCAGCCAGCCUCCCCCUCCACCACCCAGCCAGCCUCCCCCUCCACCACCCAGCCAGCCUCCUACUCCACCAAACAGCCAGCCUCUCCCUCUCAAGCUCCCUCCAGCCCUGUUCAGACCACCAUUGAGGUCAAAACGGAGCCUGCCACCACCACUGUUCAGAUCAAAAUGGAGGCCGAGGCUGAGGAGACCAUCCUUCCCACUCCUGACGCUGGCACUGAGGCUGCUGCUGCUGCUGAGACGGACUAUGAUGCCAAGCCUGCUGACCAGCCAGCCCCCCAGCCCCAGGACACCCCCAACUCCCCCACCCCCAGCCUGGAGGUGAUCUCCCCCAAGGUGAAGCACCGCAGCAGGCCCCUCUCCCCCGACCCUGAGGAGAUUGUAGUUCGGCCCAAGGUGAAGAAGUGGAAGGGCCUCCGCUGGAAGCGUCUCCAGAUCGUCAUCACCAUCCGUAAAGGAGGCUCCAAGAAGGAGAGCAGCCGCGGUGUCUCAGAGCUCAUGGAGCGUCUCCGCAUCACCUUAAGACCUGACAAGCUGCCUCGGGACAAACGCAAGUGCUGCUUCUGCCACGAGGAGGGCGACGGCGCCACGGACGGCCCCGCCAGGCUCCUCAACAUCGACGUGGACCUGUGGGUUCAUCUCAACUGCGCCCUGUGGAGCACGGAGGUGUACGAGACGCAGGGAGGCGCUCUGAUGAACGUAGAAAUGGCAUUGAGGCGUGGGCUCCGCACCCGCUGUGCCUACUGCCAGAAGACUGGCGCUACCAACAGCUGCAACCGCCUGCGCUGCCCCAACGUCUACCACUUCGCGUGCGGCAUCCGGGCCCGCUGCAUGUUCUUCAGGGACAAGACCAUGCUGUGCACCCAACACAAACUAAAAGGACCCAGCGAGGAGGAGCUGACGGGCUUCACCGUGUUCCGGCGCGUCUACAUCGAGAGAGAUGAGGUCAAGCAGAUCGCCAGUAUCUUACAACGCGGCGACCGUAUACACCUGUUCCGCGUAGGCGGCCUCAUCUUCCACGCCGUAGGUCAGCUGCUGCCAUCUCAGAUGCAAGCCUUCCACUCCCCGACCGCCAUCUUCCCCGUGGGCUACGAGGCUACCAGGAUCUACUGGAGCACGCGGGUGCCUAACCGCCGGUGUCGGUAUCGUUGUCGUAUCAGUGAGACGGAGGGAAGGCCGCUGUUCGAGGUUCGGGUGCUGGAGCAUGGACAGGAGGACCUGCACUACCGCGACACCAGCCCAGAAGGUAUGUUCUCAAAUUCUGUCCCCACACCGUCCUCUGGCUGCCCCUAUGUGUUGAAACGUCCAAUCACAGAACUGACCACAGUUGGGGUUAAUAUGUCAAAAUUGCCGUUAAUCCAGAAUUGAAUUGCAAUUUUUUGAAAUUGCACCAUUGCAAUCCCAGCCAUGUCUGUAAUUUAAAUGGAAUUGACUUCAUCUCUGCAAUUUUACUAAUCUGGUCUGUAACCAUGUCGUGUGUUUUCUCUCCUUUCUCUCUAGGUAUCUGGGACAGAGUGGUUCAGUCUGUAGCUAAGCUGAGAGAAGAGGCUGCCAUGCUGAAGCUGUUCACUGAUCACGUGAAGGGAGAGGAGAUGUACGGCCUCACUGUCCACGCCGUGCUGCGCAUCACUGAGUCGGUAAGAAGUCCUUUGGGAAAGCAGCAUCGGCAUCGCCAUUUUGUUUUUCCCCUCUGCUCUCAUUGCUUCCAUAAUAUCAAGGUCUGUGUCUCCAAAGACAGUCUUAUUAUCCAUACAGAGCCCUACUGUGAGUCCUUUUGACAAGAGUCACUAUGGCUCUGGUUAAAAGCGGUGCACUGUAGAGGGAAUAGGGUGUCAUCUGAGAGAGAGAUCAUGUUAUUUCAUCGUUAACUUCACCUACAUCCUGUGUGUUACGUUAUCAGUUGCCUGGAGUGGAGAACUGCCAGAACUAUGUGUUCCGCUACGGUCGCCACCCUCUGAUGGAGCUGCCCCUCAUGAUCAACCCCACCGGCUGCGCCCGCUCCGAACCCAAGAUCCUCACACACUGCAAGAGGUAAGAAUGCAGUAUAGUCCUCCACAGAUGAUGUUAUUUAACUGUAGAGAUCAACUGCAGGUGAGACUGCAAUAUAGUCUUCCAAAUAGAUUUAUAGUCAUAGUAGUUAUAGAACAUGGUAAUAGUUUUGUAUUAUAAACUGGGUUGUUCGAGCCCUGAAUGCUGAUUUGGCCGAAAGCUGUGGUAUAUCAGACCACGGGUAUAACAAAACAUUUAUUUUUACUGCUCUAAUUACGUUGGUAACCAGUUUAUAAUAGCAAUAAGGCUCCUCCGGGGUUUGUGAUAUAUGGUCAAUAUACCACAGCUAAGGGCUGUAUCCAGGGACUCCAUGUUGCGUUGUGUGUAAGAGCAGCCCUUAGCCGUGGUAUGUUGGCCAUAUACCACACCCCCUCUGGCCUAAUUGCUUAAGUAUUCUAGCAUAGAUCAUCUAGAUGUAGAUAUUACAGAUGCGCGGGUUGACUCAUGACCCGCAGUCCGGUUAUAUCCGCGGGGCGGGCGGGUGGGUUUAGGAUCAUUAAAUAUUGUGUGGAUGAAGGGCGGGUGGGUUGGCAGGCGGGUUGAAUAAAGGGGAAAACAAUACCUUAACAAAUCCAUAGGCCUAAAUGUAGCAUUGUUGUGCAAUUUAUAUCUAUAGGCUACAUUGAGGUUUUUCUUUCAUUAUUUAAGGCUAUCUGGCAUUAGUGCUUAAGCCUAUGGCCUAACUGUAUGCGCACCAAAUGGCCUACAGGUCAAUCGCCAAAUGCUUUUGGAAAAGGGCAGAAAAAGUUAACCCCCUAAUAAAUCUAAUUAUCAUAAUAAAAAAUCCCCAUACAAAUAUGUUAGAUGAAACUAGAGAUAUCUGUUUUUUUGCGUUGGAUGCGUCUCAAUCCACCGAAUCCGCCUAUGUCGCUCUUCCGCAUCUGCGGUGAAAGGUGACAGAGCUAGAGCGGUGUUUGUCAGACCAUGAGACAUCCCAAAAAUCGUUGGAAAGAUGAGACUCUCACGAACCCGAUGGUGUUGCUCUACGGCCCCCACAAGCGUCUUGGGACUCAUCUGAAGUCGGUACAACCGAUCUGCCAACUUCUGUCUGUAGCAUCCGAACAGUUUGGGCUACACACUAACAGUUUGGGCUACACACUAAUGCAAAGGUGAGACUCUCACGAACACGUUGGUUGUUUUUGAUCCACAGGCCUCACAAGACUCGUCUGAAUGUCCCCCCGGUACCAGUUGAAAAAUGAAUAGAAGUAUAUAUGGAGACUGUUUACUGCCAAAGAUAAGGGGUUAAAUACAUGUAAAAAACAAACUUCCUUUAAAAUUAUUUUUGGGAGACUUUCUGUUCCAUGUAGUGAAUCUGUUAUUCAAUGCGUUUUGUAUGGGCUAAGAGCAGUAAGGCCCUAAAUAAUAUUUCAUUUUUUUUUUUUAUACUUAAAAGGGGUCUUAAAAUUCAAAAUGAAAUAGCUAAAUGAUCUUUGGUAUGAACUUCUUAAAACAAUUCCAUAUAGCUUAGUAGACCCCCUUUUUUUAAAUUAAUUUUUUGGGGUCCCUAAAUUUUUUGCUCCGCGAAAGAAGCAGCGAUGACAAAGAACUUUACCGAUGUCAACUAGAUUGAAGCUUUCAUUCUAUUGAUUUUCUGACAUUAUUCUGGAGAGCAAGAGCUUAUUUCGUCUUCUAGGGCAACAAAUAGGCCAAUGACAGAAGAGAAUCGACAUGUAGCCUAUUUAAUUAUAGACAAGUUUACUAACAAAUAGCCUAUCAAAAUGUUGGAAAUUAUAAGCAGAAACCUAUCUAAAUCAGACCAAAAAAAAUUAUCCUUCCGCCGUCUCUGACUGUAGCCUUCAGCGCAUUUUCUAUAUUAGCAGGUUAGGGUCGGGUGCGGGCCUCAGAUUUUCACUUUAUUACAAAUAGCCGGGCAUUUGCGGGUGGGUUAUUAGCAAUUGCGGGUGUGGGUGAACAAACAGCUGACCUGCGCACCACUAAUAGAUAUACUGUGUAGAGAAUCUAGAUAUACUCUUUCCAUGACAGACUGACCAGGUGAAAGAUAUGAUCCCUUAUUGAUGUCACCUGUUAAAUCCACUUCAAUCAGUGUAGAUGAAGGGGAGGAGACAGGUUAAAGAUGGAUUUUUAAGCCUUGAGACAAAUGAGACAUGGAUUGGGUAUGUGCCAUUGUGAGGGUGAAUGGGCAAGACAAGAUAUUUAAGUGCCUUUGAACGGGUUAUGGUAGUAGAUGCCAGGUGCACUGGUUUGAGUGUGCCAAGAACUGCAACGCACACUCAAGACAUCCCUUGUGUAUCAAGAAUAGUCCACCACCCAAAGGAUAUCCAGCCAACUUGACAACUGUGGGAAGCAUUGGAGUCAACAUGGGCCAGCAUCCCUGUGGAACGCUUUCGACACCUUGUAGUUCAUGCACCAACGAAUUGAGGCUGUUUUGAGGGCAAAAGGGAGUGCAGCUCAAUAUUAGGAAGGUGUUCCUAAUGUUUUGUCCACUCAGUGUAGAUAUGCAGAGCAGAGGUGUCACUCAUUCCAUGGAGGGCCUAGUGUCUGCUGGUUUUUGGUUUUUCCUUUCAAUUAAGACCUAGACAACCAGGUGAGGGGAGUUCCUUACUAAUCAGUGACCUUAAUUCAUCAAUCAAGUCCAGGGAGGAGGGAAAACCCGCAGACACUCUGCCUUCCGUGGAAUGAGUUUGACACGUGUAGUGCAGAGAAUCCAGAUGUAGAGAAAUGAGUUGUGUGGUCUGUUAGUAGUUGAUUAUAUUGUUGUUAGUUCAGGCCACAUUCUGAUUGGUCAAAACGUGUGUUCCAGACAUGUAUUAUCCACUAUAUGCAAUAAUGAGGGAGCUCUCCCUCACAGUCGAGACAGAAAUAUCCUCCAUUUUUUUAUUUGUAUUGUGUUUCAUCAAAUGUUGUCAUAUUGAGUAGUGAAACUAGUAGCUUCUUAGUAGUAAACUAAAAAGUCUAAACUGAAUGAUUUACAUGAUGACUGUGCAGACUGACUCUGAUCUAGUUCUGUGUCUCUUUCUCUUAGGCCUCACACCCUGAACAGUACGUCCAUGUCCAAGGCCUACCAGAGCACCUUCACCGGUGAGAUCAACACCCCCUACAGCAAGCAGUUUGUCCACUCCAAGUCCUCCCAGUACCGCCGUCUGAAGACAGAGUGGAAGAACAACGUCUACCUGGCCCGGUCCCAAAUCCAGGGCCUGGGGCUGUACGCUGCCAAGGACCUGGACAAACACACCAUGGUCAUCGAGUAUAUAGGAACCAUCAUCCGCAACGAGGUGGCCAACCGCCGCGAGAAGAUCUAUGAGGAACAGGUGGGUGGCUCUUGAAUAGUCUAGUAGUAGCAGUCAAUAGUCUUUGUUUUCUUAGUUUAUUUGGAUCCCCAAUAGCUGUUACAGUUACAACACUGGUCCCCACAAGAAGAGUAGCUGUGAUCAAUUGUUUAUUGAUUUUACACAACUUAACAAGAGGCUGAAAAGACAAAGGUUGUAAUAUAUUUGUCCAUAAUGUAUCAGUGGAUUGGAACAUUUAUGACCUCUCUUCCUUCUUGUUUUCUUCUAGAACCGUGGGAUCUACAUGUUCCGCACCAACAACGAGCAUGUGAUCGAUGCCACUCUGACCGGCGGCCCUGCUCGGUAAGUGUUGGUCUAUUUUCUCUUUCAUAUUAUGUUUGUCCCUGUCUCACCCUCUGUUUUCCUCUUCAGCUAUGUCAACCACUCCUGUGCGCCCAACUGUGUUGCCGAGGUGGUGACAUUUGACAAAGAGGAUAAGAUCAUCAUCAUCUCCAGUCGCAGGAUCCCCAAGGGAGAAGAGGUAAGACAGAGAGCCCUGGUCACAAUGCACAUGUACAUUUGAUAGUUUAUAUACAUACCGCAGUAUGUAAAGUCCUUUACAUUUUAAACUGGUUCUUUGGGGGUCUUGGUUGUGUUACGGUAAAGCAUGUUUGGACAACUAAACCAGGCUUUAUAAACACAUGUUACAGCAUAGUGUUGUUACUUACCCUCUGUUUCUUCUCCUAGCUGACGUACGACUAUCAGUUUGACUUUGAGGACGAUCAGCACAAGAUCCCUUGCCACUGCGGAGCCUGGAAUUGCCGAAAGUGGAUGAACUAA